GUCCUGAGGGCAUUGGAUCUCAGCUGGUGUGUGAGGUGGAUCUGAGAGUAGAUCUGACGCGCGUUCAGUCCUCUCCAGAGCGCGGAUUAAUAUGGACUCAGACUAGUUUGUUUUAACAUUUUUAAGUGCUAUAUAGGUGCAGGACUCAGUCAGAACAGCGAAUAAGAAUGGAUAUGUUGUUUUAUUCUUUAAUCAUUCUAAUUCAUGGAAUUAAUGCAGCAUCCCGUUCUAGGAAAGACCUGAUGCCGCACAUGCCAAAUGUGUGUGCUGAGAAGGAGGUGAAGCUUGUGGCCCAGAUGCAGCCGUGUGUCCAGGCCUUCACACGGAUGGUUAAAGCCUGGAAACAGGGAUGCCAGGGACAGUCCUGGUGCAUGGGCUACGAGAGGAGAACGGCGUACUACACUGCAUAUAGACAGGUGUAUCGACAGGAACACCAGACGGUUUACAAGUGUUGCUCAGGAUGGUCCCAGCUCAACGGGGAGGCCGGGUGCCUGUACCCUGUUUGCCGUUAUGGCGUGUGCUUUAAUGGAGGUCAGUGUCGAGAAGCUUCUGCUCAACUCUGUGACUGUCCGGCCGGCUUCAGUGGUCCGAGCUGCCAAUACGACGUGAACGAGUGUGAGGAGACCAAUGGAGGCUGUGAAGCGAUGUGCUGUAACACUAUCGGCAGCUUCUACUGUAAGUGUCCCGCCGGUCAAGAGCUCAAGGAGGACGGCAGGACAUGUCAGGAUGUUGAUGAAUGCCAGGUGCAUAACGGUGGCUGUCAGCACGUGUGUGUGAACACCAGGGGCUCGUAUCACUGCCAGUGUAACGCUGGAUCUCGACUGCAUGUGGACGGACGCACCUGCAUCUCUGUCCUCUCCUGCAGUGUGAGGAACGGUGGCUGUGAGCAUCUCUGCGUCCAGCAGUCGGCGGGUCGCGUCCAGUGCCGCUGUCGACCCGGUCACAGAUUUCACGAGGACGGGAAACACUGCAAAUUGGUGAACCCGUGUGCCGAGCGUAACGGUGGCUGUUCUCAGGAGUGCCUCAGGGAUGGAGAUCAGGCCCGCUGUGGAUGUCGUCCGGGUUAUCAGCUGGCUGAAGAUGCCAAGACCUGUGAAGACAUCGACGAGUGCCAGACGGGCCAGGCGGACUGCGCUCAUGGAUGCCGUAACACUAUAGGAUCUUUUGUGUGUGUUUGUCCCGCUGCCUAUGAGCUGGGUGUGGAUGGCAAGCAUUGUUAUCGGAUCGAGAUGGAGAUCAUAAACAGCUGUGAUCAUAAUAACGGUGGUUGUUCUCAUCACUGUGAACAUUCAUCCACUGGACCCGUGUGCGGCUGUAACCAAGGACAUCAUCUGGACGACGACCACAAGACCUGCAUCGAUAUAAACGAGUGUGCCGACGGCAGCUCGUGUUGUGAGCACGACUGCACAAACUAUCCUGGAGGUUAUGAGUGUUACUGUACAGCCGGAUAUCGUCUGAACGCUGAUGGAUGCAGCUGUGACGAUAUAGAUGAGUGUUUGGCUGCUAACGGAGGAUGUGAUCACACGUGUCAGAAUAACGCCGGCUCCUUCCAGUGUUUCUGUAGACGCGGGUAUCGUCUCCAUGAAGACCGACGCUCCUGUAUAUGUUACUGUGGAAGGAAGACGUUCUUCAACAACCAGACAGACCUCCAGAAGCACAACAUCUGA